GCAAUAAAAGACUCAAGUAAGUAAAUAGCGUGUCAUUUUGUCCAUGAACAAGAAUUUUUCACGACUCAAAACAAGGAGUCUCCUAAAGCCCAGACAUGUUAAGACUCAAGAAAGCGACACUUGCACUGCCAACAAUUUCAUUGGUCAAAGCACUGGCUACUCAACCAAGCAUCCAGUCAACAAGUAGAGUCUCAUUCAGCCCAAUACCAGCCGCUGAAUUAAAACAAAGAGAUUUAAAUCCUUUGGCAGGGAGAAAGUAUCUGCCAGGGUCCUGGAGCCAAACAUUCCCAAAGUACCUAGCGAACCCUAGAAAAGAUUUUCCAUAUGCCCUUCAAGUAGAAAACGUUGACAAAGUAUCCUUCGCGGAACUAGGGAAACUUUGCAGAGAAAAACUCGACGCCAAUCUCUCUCGUUCUGGGGUGAUUUUGUUUCGAGGAACUUGUAUCCAGAAUUCGCGAAAUUUUAAAGAAUUCACUCAAGCGCUUGGUUACCAAGCAGCAGGAUAUGAAGGAGGGACUGGGAAUAGACAACAAGUGGACACCUCAGUUUAUUCAUCAACGGACGAUCCAAUGGACUUCAAUAUUGAGCUUCAUAACGAAAUGGCAUGCUCAACUAUCUAUCCUAAAAAGGUGAUGUUUGCUUGCUUGACACCCCCAGGGCCCGAGAGUGGUGGUCUCACCCCAAUCUCCAAGAAUUCAGAAAUACUCGCAAGCCUCGAUCCUGAAGUUGUAGACAUUCUAAAAAAGAGGAAGAUCCGAUAUCUUAGAUAUUUGCCUGACGCAAAAGAAAACCCGUACGCAUCUUGGCAGCAGUCUUUCGUGACCGAAGAUAAAAAGACUGUUGAUGACUUUCUGCAACGAGCUGGCUUCCAUUACACCUGGGGUAAAGAGAACAACAGCUUAUUUUAUUGGUACGUGCUUGAUCCGUUUAUCCCCCACCCCGUCACAGGGGAACUAAUCUGGUUCAACCAAGUCAAUGUACACCACAACACCUACUACAAAGAGUCCCCGAUGUUUGAAGGCGUUGACAUGCCAAACGAAAUGUGGCCCACACAUGCACAGUAUGGAGAUGGCACUGAGGUUGAGAAGGAAGUUCUCAACCACGUACGCUCCGCCAAUUGGGCAAACGCUGUUGGUUUUGAUUGGCGGGAGGGGGAUGUCAUGGUUUGUGAUAAUGUUUUAGCGCAACAUGGUCGAUUAAGUUUUUCUGGACCGAGGAAGCUUCUUGCUCAUCUCACAAAUAAUUGAAUCAUGCAUUUAACACUAAAACUGUCAAGCAGUGUUUUCCGUCAUAAAAAAACUAAUUAAAAAAACAUAAAUAAACUGAAGUUAAUAAAAAAUUUAGAAAAAUGAUAAAAAAUAAAUGAAUAUAAUGAAUAAAUGAUUUGGCCGCUUCUUGACCUGUGCAGCUUCCAGCUGACAAAUAUUCUCAGAUAUGACCAAAAGACGAGAUAAAAACCGGCCUUUUAAACUACAUUGCCCCAACGAUGAAAAAAAUGUGAGUCCUUAGGGACUGUGCAAUAAUUACCAGGAGGUGGGGGCGUAAAACCAGAUUAGUUAGAACCCCCACUCCGAAGCACAAGAAAAUAGCUCUUACCCCCCUCCCCCUGCUAUAUUAGAAAUAACGU